AUGGCGAGCUGGACCUGCAACAUUGUCCUUUACGGGACGGUCUUUGACGUCGGAGGCCCGAUGAUGCUCAUAUACUCUACAAUCAUUGUAACCUUAGGCCAGUGUCUUCUCAUGGCCUCGCUAGGGGAAAUGUGCUCAAUUUGGCCGUACUCUGGGGGUCAGCAGGCGUACACCAAGCACCUUGCUCCCGCGUCUUGUCGACGUUUUCUAUCAUACCUGAUCGGCUGGAUCGUGUAUCUGGGCGAGAUUGCGACAUCUGCAGGUUGCGCAAUGAAUAGUGCGCAAAUCGUCACUGCCGUGGUCCAGCUUCAUUAUCACAACUACAUUCCCACAAGAUGGCAUAUCUGGUUGAUAUACAGUGGGAUUCUGCUGCUUUCCAUCCUGUUCUCUUUUACCCAGAGGCACUUACCAGUAAUUGCGCUUAUCGGAGCACUUGUCACCGUGGGAGGAGGCAUUGCUUGGGCUACCACAUUCCUCGUGCUUGCCCAAAAGCACGAGGCAGCUUUUGUAUUCAACUACCUCAUCAACCGGUCGGGAUAUACCAGCACCGGAUGGGUGGGCCUUAUGAGUAUCUAUACCCCCGUCUACGCACUAUACGGAACAGAUGGCGUUCUACACAUCACCGAAGAAAUACACUGUCCCGAGAAAAAUGCACCGAGGGCAAUGAUAUUAUCCAUGGUUCUAAGCGGCAUCACGUCGCUGAUGGGAGCGGUUGUCCUGGGUUUCUGUGCCGGCAACUGGCAGUCAUACAUGGAAUCCGACCUCCCGUUUAUCCCUUGGUUUGUUGAGAUUUUGGACAACGUCACCGGCGCGAUUGUCCUGGCAAUUGUUGUCUUGGUCUUCCUCAACUUCCUCAUCAUUGUCGGUAUCAACACAGCGGCAUCCCGAAUGGCCUGGAGCAUGGCAACCGACCAUGCCCUACCCUUUUCAGAUGUUUUGAUGCGUAUCAACCCAACAUUCCAGACUCCGAUCAAUACGAUCCUGCUGACAGUCGCGGCUGAAAUGGUAAUCGGGCUUGUCGUGUUCGGCAGCGACUAUGCCUUCGAGGCGAUCGUGAGUUUGGGCGGCGUAGCGUUCCAAAUCGGAUACCUCACGCCGGUGUUGCUACUGAUCAUCCGCGGCCGCUCUGCGCUACCCUCCGGGCGAUAUUUUGACCUCGGCCGCUUCGGGCUGGUAAUCAAUGUCUCAUCGGUCUGCUGGUCGUCGCUCAUCAUCGUUAUAUUGCUGUUUCCACUCUAUGUCCCGGUGACUCCAGGUGAUAUCUAUAACAUGAAUUGGGCGGUUGUGAUGUGUGGCGGGUUGAUCCUCGCAGUAGCGGUGGAUUGGGUUUUCCGUGGCCGCUUCCAUUAUAUAGUUCCGGCAUUGUGAGGUUGGAGGCGAGCUUUAGAG